AUGCUUCAGACGUUCCCAGAUACAGCACAGGCGACAAACCAGGUGCAGCGGUUCACAGUUCCAGCGAUGCCGUUCUCGCACCCUUCUCUAGCCUCGAGCACCACAAGCACCGUGUUCGCACCUAUUUCGAUCGAGAUUCCUCCUUUUGCAAGCUUGGAAGUCACUACCAAAGCCGUCGGCGAUUCUUAUGCCCUAGCUCGACAAUUCUCGGUGGACGCCCAGGACGACUACGUCAAAACUCUCUUGAAGCUGUUCAAUUCUGUCAGACCAGAAACAAGCGUACCCACCUUUUCGAGCCUGGGCCAGCUGGGACCAUUGGACGGACUCCGAAGCUACCAAGUAGCCUCGAGGAACAAUCUCCCCUCUCUCGGAAUUCAUGCCUGGACACUGAACAACCAAUUGAAUCUUUCGUUGGCAUGGUGCCCCGGAAGAUUUAACUCGGAGAUCGUUGAUAGCUUUUGGUCCAACUGGAUCAACGCUUUAGAACAGCUUUCCUUGUAG